UCUCUGGGCAGGGCUGCGGCCAGGACCCGCCCCCGCGUCCCGCCCGACCCUCCGCCAGGGGUCACGUCCCCUGUCCAGGUUUCAGCUUCCACAUGUGUCAAGCGGCUGGCUCAGCCCAGAGUCCCUGUCUCCCGCCCGCCGGCCCGAGCCGCCGCCCCUCCCCCGCCUCCCGUGCGCCCGGGACAAUCCUCGCCUUGUCUGUGGCGCCGGCAUCUGGAGCUUUCUGUAGCCUCCGGAUACGCCUUUUUUUCAGGGCGUAGCCCCAGCCAAGCUGCUCCCCGCGGCGGCCGCACAGCAGCCCGAGCGCCCCCUUUCCGGAGCUCCCCUCCGGAGCUGGGAUCCAGGCGCGUAGCGGAGAUCCCAGGAUCCUGGGUGCUGUCUGGGCCCGCUCCCCACCAUGACCUCCUCGGGGCCUGGACCCCGGUUCCUGCUGCUGCUGCCGCUGCUGCUGCCCCCUGCGGCCUCAGCCUCCGACCGGCCCCGGGGCCGAGACCCGGUCAACCCAGAGAAGCUGCUGGUGAUCACUGUGGCCACAGCUGAAACCGAGGGGUACCUGCGUUUCCUGCGCUCUGCGGAGUUCUUCAACUACACUGUGCAGACCCUGGGCCUGGGAGAGGAGUGGCGAGGGGGUGAUGUGGCUCGAACAGUUGGUGGAGGACAGAAGGUCCGGUGGUUAAAGAAGGAAAUGGAGAAAUACGCUGACCGGGAGGAUAUGAUCAUCAUGUUUGUGGAUAGCUACGACGUGAUUCUGGCCGGCAGCCCCACAGAGCUGCUGAAGAAGUUCGUCCAGAGUGGCAGCCGCCUGCUCUUCUCUGCAGAGAGCUUCUGCUGGCCCGAGUGGGGGCUGGCGGAGCAGUACCCUGAGGUGGGCACGGGGAAGCGCUUCCUCAACUCUGGUGGAUUCAUCGGUUUUGCCACCACCAUCCACCAAAUCGUGCGCCAGUGGAAGUACAAGGAUGAUGACGAUGACCAGCUGUUCUACACACGGCUCUACCUGGACCCAGGACUGAGGGAGAAACUCAGCCUUAAUCUGGAUCAUAAGUCUCGGAUCUUUCAGAACCUCAACGGGGCUUUAGAUGAAGUGGUUUUAAAGUUUGAUCGGAACCGUGUGCGUAUCCGGAACGUGGCCUACGACACGCUCCCCAUUGUGGUCCAUGGAAACGGUCCCACUAAGCUGCAGCUCAACUACCUGGGAAACUACGUCCCCAAUGGCUGGACUCCUGAGGGAGGCUGUGGCUUCUGCAACCAGGACCGGAGGGCACUCCCGGGGGGGCAGCCUCCCCCCCGGGUGUUUCUGGCCGUGUUUGUGGAACAGCCUACUCCGUUUCUGCCCCGCUUCCUGCAGCGGCUGCUACUCCUGGACUAUCCCCCCGACAGGGUCACCCUUUUUCUGCACAACAACGAGGUCUUCCAUGAGCCCCACAUCGCUGACUCCUGGCCGCAGCUCCAGGACCACUUCUCAGCUGUGAAGCUCGUGGGGCCGGAGGAGGCUCUGAGCCCAGGCGAGGCCAGGGACAUGGCCAUGGACCUGUGUCGGCAGGACCCCGAGUGUGAGUUCUACUUCAGCCUGGACGCCGACACUGUCCUCACCAACCUGCAGACCCUGCGUAUCCUCAUUGAGGAGAACAGGAAGGUGAUCGCCCCCAUGCUGUCCCGCCACGGCAAGCUGUGGUCCAACUUCUGGGGCGCCCUGAGCCCCGAUGAGUACUAUGCCCGCUCCGAGGACUACGUGGAGCUGGUGCAGCGGAAGCGAGUGGGUGUGUGGAAUGUACCAUACAUCUCCCAGGCCUAUGUGAUCCGGGGUGAUACCCUGCGGAUGGAGCUGCCCCAGAGGGACGUGUUCUCGGGCAGUGACACAGACCCGGACAUGGCCUUCUGUAAGAGCUUUCGAGACAAGGGCAUCUUCCUCCAUCUGAGCAAUCAGCAUGAAUUUGGCCGGCUCCUGGCCACUUCCCGAUAUGACACGGAGCACCUGCACCCCGACCUCUGGCAGAUCUUCGACAACCCCGUCGACUGGAAGGAGCAGUACAUCCACGAGAACUACAGCCGGGCCCUGGAAGGGGAAGGAAUCGUGGAGCAGCCAUGCCCGGACGUGUACUGGUUCCCACUGCUGUCAGAACAAAUGUGUGAUGAGCUGGUGGCAGAGAUGGAGCACUACGGCCAGUGGUCAGGCGGCCGGCAUGAGGAUUCAAGGCUGGCUGGAGGCUACGAGAAUGUGCCCACCGUGGACAUCCACAUGAAGCAGGUGGGGUACGAGGACCAGUGGCUGCAGCUGCUGCGGACGUAUGUGGGCCCCAUGACCGAGAGCCUGUUUCCCGGUUACCACACCAAGGGGUCCCGCCGCCCCUCCCUGGACAGGGACCAUCAUCUCCCUGAAGACACCCUGCGAUGGCCGGGCGUGGUGGCUCACACAUGUAAUCCCAGCACUUUGCGAGGCCGAGGCGCGGGCGGUGAUGAACUUUGUGGUUCGCUACCGGCCAGACGAGCAGCCGUCUCUGCGGCCACACCACGACUCAUCCACCUUCACCCUCAACGUUGCCCUCAACCACAAGGGCCUGGACUAUGAGGGAGGUGGCUGCCGCUUCCUGCGCUACGACUGUGUGAUCUCCUCCCCGAGGAAGGGCUGGGCACUCCUGCACCCCGGCCGCCUCACCCACUACCACGAGGGGCUGCCAACGACCUGGGGCACACGCUACAUCAUGGUGUCCUUUGUCGACCCCUGACACUCAACCACUCUGCCAAACCUGCCCUGCCAUUGUGCCUUUUUAGGGGGCCUGGCCCCCGUCCUGGGAGUUGGGGGAUGGGUCUCUCUGUCUCCCCACUUCCUGAGUGCAUGUUCCGCGUGCCUGAACUGAAUAUGUCACCUUGCUGCCAAGACACGGCCCUCUCAGGAAGCUCCCGGAGUCCCCGCCUCUCUCCUCCGCCCACAGGGGUUCGUGGGCACAGGGCUUCUGGGGACUCCCCGUGUGAUAAAUUAUUAAUGUUCCGCAGCCUCACUCUGAAUAAAGGACAGUUUGUAA